AUGGCAGCUGCUAAUAUGAAAAAGCUUUCCUGUCUGGCCAUAACAAAAUGCAACUGUCUCGUAAAACCCUGCUGGUCUAAAUGUCCAACCCUGACUCACGGCAAUGUCAGUGCUGGCUCCUUCUCCUAUAACUCGCCAGAGUUUAUUUGGAAGAGGCAUUUCACUUAUGACAACAAUGACGUUACGCUAGAUUGGGAGGAUGCAGACGACAUAGUGGAUUUACUUUUGGAGGAAUACAAACAUGUUGACCCAUUAACAUUGCGAUUUGAGGAGUUAGAAAACAUGGUAAUUGACACCGUUGUGAAGAAAAACAAAAAGAAGUUAAGCGGAAGGUGUAAUGAAGGCGUUCUGGAAAAUAUUCAAAUGAACUGGCUGGAGAAAUAUAAUGAUGAGAAUAGUUAA